AUGUCUCAAUCGCAACUCUUACAAAGCCUAUCUAGGCUCUAUUUAGCGAAGAACGAGCCAAAAUAUUUACGUAAUAUACUAAAUAGAAAUGCUUCUUCAAAUGCUAAACAAAAGACAGCUAGCUCGGUUUACAGGACUAUGAACAUAUUUGAUAGGAAAGCAAAGGCUUUACAGAGAGAAAGAAGUGCAAGAAGAGAGGAUUAUCAUUUAGCGGAAUAUAUAAAAGAAGAAAUUGGAUGGCGGACAGCUGAUAGAGUUUUUGAUAUAAAACGGACAUUUAAAAAUGCUGUAGAACUCGGUGCUAGUAGAGGUUAUGUCUCUCGUCACUUUCUACCAGACAGUGUGGAGAAAGUAACUUUGUGUGAUACAUCACAAACUCACCUUGACAAAGCUAUUGUUGGUGAUGGAGUCCAGGUAGAAAAAAAAGUUAUGGAUGAAGAGAAUAUUGAUUUUCCAGAUAACAGUGUGGACCUCGUUGUAUCAUCUCUAGUACUCCACUGGGUGAAUGACUUGCCUGGUUGUUUUGACAGAAUCAUGAAAUGUUUGAAGCCCGAUGGGGUAUUCAUGUCAUGCGUGUUCGGCGGGAACACACUCCAAGAGCUCCGUCAAGCAAUACAGCUGGCAGAGAGCGAGAGACAUGGCGGCAUAUCUCCACAUGUUUCUCCCUUCACACACGUCAGAGACAUCGGCGGUUUACUUAACGCGAGCGGCUUUACGCUGCAAACUGUGGAUGUCGAUUCAGUCACUAUCUGGUAUCCGUCAAUGUGGGAUGUGAUGCGUGACGUCAGAGCACUGGGAGAGUCUAAUGCCGCUUAUAAUAGACCAUUGAGGUUAUCCAAAGAUACCCAAUUUGCAGCUGCAGCGAUUUACGAUGAAAUGUAUGGAAAGGUGAUGCCAGAACGUAAUAUCCGCGGCGUCCCCGCUACUUACGAGAUUAUCAACUUCCUGGGAUGGAAACCGGACCCCUCGCAACCGAAGCCAAUAGAAAGGGGUUCUGGACAAGUCUCGCUCAAGAAUCUGCAUCGUAUAGACGAGAUUAUUCAGGAUGUAAAGAAAGUACCACUUACAGAAGAAGAUAUGAAGUAG